AUGGAACAACUUGAGUCACUGAUUUAUUUGGAUUGUGUAUUUCGUGAAUUACUUCGUUUUGUACCACCUGCUCUCGGUACUUUACGAACGUUGGUUGCUGAUGAUCAACUACCGUCAACUGGCGCUUAUUUGAGCAAAGGUGAUCAAGUUGCUAUUCCUUUUUAUAAUAUACACAGAGAUCAACGUUAUUGCUUGGGACCAAUGGAUCCGGAGCAAUUUCAUCCUGAACGAUAUCUCAUUGAUGACAAUAAUGACAACAGCAAAAUAGCUUUCCUGACAUUUGGUGGUGGUCAUCGUCAAUGUCUCGGUCAAGAUUUUGCACGACUUGAACUUAAAGCCAUUUUUGCGCGAAUUAUGCAACAUGUCACAUUCGGUGAUGGAGGACCUAUACUCAACGCGGGUGGAUAUAAACAAACGGAUACAAUCUUACCCAAACACAUCGGUGUUACCAUCAUAUUAGACUAA